CUCUUCUUCCUCUCUCUCAUCCCAUUCUCUGUUCGUCGCCGUUGCAGACCUCUCUUCUCCUCCCGACUCGUGGAAAUUGUUGGUUUUUCGAUCGGUAAGCAGCCAAGAUGCAGAACGAGGAGGGAAAGAUGAUGGAUCUCUACAUCCCUAGGAAAUGUUCGGCGACGAACAGGCUGAUCACUGCGAAAGAUCACGCUUCGGUGCAGAUCAACAUCGGACAUAUCGAUGAGAACGGAAUGUAUACUGGCCAGCACACCACCUUCGCUCUCUGCGGGUUCAUCCGUGCUCAGGGUGAUGCUGAUAGUGCUCUAGACAGGCUCUGGCAGAAGAAAAAGGCUGAAGUUCGCCAGCAAUAGAUGCUACUUCCAAGGAUUAAUCUGUAGGUUGCCAUGGAUUUUAUCAAGUGAUUGUACCUAAAUUCUCCUCUCCUGGUGGCAUGAGUUCAUGACAUUAAAUCUUAAACUUUUUCUGUUGUCCUGGAUUGUUGCAGACCUAAAUUUUAUCUUUUAAGCUAGUACCUUUUAUCA